UACAUGCUCAUAACAGCCUCAUACAAGGUUAAUAUAUCAUCAGUUGCCAGACUCGUCAGUUUCCCUCAACCUGCCGGUCAAGUCAUAUGUGUGAGCUUCUGGUACCACAUAUUUGGCAACAGCAUUGGUUCGUUGAAGUUUAUUGCAAAGUAUUCUGGUGAACCAGAGAGGGUUGUGUGGAUGAGAAGUGGCACCCAGGGAAACAAAUGGCGAUUUGCUGAUCUUACCUUCAGCAGUGACAAACCGAUACAGUUUAUCAUAGAAGCUGUUGUGGGUGGUAAACAGGGGAGCAUAGCCAUCGAUGACAUUGUGGUGUCCAGCACUGCGAAUGGUUCUUGUCCACCUGAGAGGGAGUGCACCUUCCAGGGCUCCCUCUGUGGUCUGCAGCCCCAGCCAUCCACAAGCUUCAGCUGGAGCAGGAUUACGGGAACGUCCCAGCCAGCCAACUCUUCAGGCCCCAUUGCAGAUCACACUCUGGGGACAGAGGAAGGUUAUUACCUGAGUGCCCAGUUGUGGAAUCACCCUGUGGGGUCCAGAGGUGCGAUGAUGACUGUGAUGAUGGAGCCCACCCCUCCUGAUGGAGAAUGUCUGAUGUUCUGGUACUACAUGGAGGGAAGUGGAGUGGGUGAACUCAGUGUUCUCCUUCAGACGCCUGGCAGCCAUGGAAACUCCCAGAGGCUCUGGGUCAGAAGAGGAGAUCAGGGGAAGCACUGGAGACAUGGAAGGGUGACGCUUAACAGCCCUGACACCCCGUAUCAGGUUAUUUUUGAGGCGAUGGUUGGGGAUGGACCGAGGAGAGAUAUCGCCAUUGACGACCUCAUCAUCCUGAAUGGUGCUUGUCCCCCGAAAGGUUUUUGUGACUUUGAGAUGGACUUGUGUGGCUGGGUGAACAAUCCUCCAGCAGAGUCCGGUGUGGACUGGGACUGGCUCUCAGGUGACAGUGAUGGCCCUUUAAUCCCAGACAGGGACCACUCCACGGAUUCUUCUCUGGGCCACUUUGCAUUCUUCAUGGUGUCUAAGUCCAAGACAGAAACAGUUGCUCGACUGGAGAGUGAGUCGAUGGCACCUGUGGACCGAGCUUGCCUGGAGCUCUGGCACCAAGCCCAUGGGUGGUUAUCAGAUAGGCCCUCGCACAUUACACUGACAGUGUUUGUGAAUGAGACUGCUGGACUGCGUCCUGUGUGGAAUACAAGUGGAUAUAUGAAUAAUACAUGGAUCAGAGACAGGGUGGAUUACAGCUCAUCAGAGCUUCACCAGAUUGUUUUGCAAGCCAGUUGUCCCGACUCACAAGAGGGAAGCUUUGCCCUGGAUGAUGUCCACGUCAUCAGAGACGAAUCUUGUUAUGAUAUUAUCCCAAACACCACCCCAACCCCUGACACCACCACCACCACCGCUGCUCCUCCCUCCGCCAUGGACUGCACCUUUGAACAAGGUCUAUGUAAUUGGGUCCAAGAGGACAGUGAUGAUUUGAACUGGACUCUGACUAAUGGACUUCAAGUGGAUCGACCAUGGGAUGGACCUCAGUACGAUCAUACUGUUGAAAAUAAAAAAGGUUUCUUUUUGCUGUUAAAUGGAUCCGGAUCCAAGACCGGAGAGAGAGCAGUCAUCUCUGCUCCUGUCAUCAGUGUUAAAUCACAUAUCUGUGUUGGAUUCUGGUAUUACAUGCUCGGGCCUUCUGUGUCCACCCUGGACCUGCUGGUUCAGACAAAAUCCUCUGAGCUGUUAGCCUGGACUCGCAGAGGGACCCACAGUCCAGAGUGGAUCAACGCACAAGUAACCAUCAGCAUGAAUAAUGCAACGCGGAUGGUGUUCACUGGCCAUAGAAACACCAACAGCCGAGGAUUCAUUGCCAUCGAUGACAUUACAGUGAGGGAGGGGGCCUGUAGUAAUCAGAAUAUGUGUGGGUUUGAGUCCAGCUUGUGUGGCUUUGAGAACAGUGUCAAUCACAGGGGUCAGUGGGGUCGCAAAAGGGGAACGAAACAUCACGUGGAUCACACCUAUGGAACUGAAAAUGGUUUUUAUGCGACUGUGAAGAUAACAAACUCUACACAGACUGAAGUAGCUCAGCUGCUCACACCAGAGUUCACAUCAGCUACAGAGAUAUGUGUUCUCUUCUGGUACUGGUCACCUGCAGGUUCCUCUAACAGUCUCGCUGUCCAUGUGCUGCGGAAUUGGGAGCAGGGUGAUGCCCUCUGGCAACGAUCUGGAGCACCCUCUACAGGCUGGGAGGCGGCAGAGGUCACUGUGUCCUCUCCGCCAAAAUUUCGUGUGGCGUUUACGGCGGAGCAUGUACCAGGCACCAAUUCUACAGUAAAACUAGAUGAUAUUUCUGUGAGGGAGGGGGUCUGCAGUCCUCCAGGCAGCUGUGACUUUGAGUCUGGACAGUGCACCUGGGUCAAUGUCCCCAGAGUACAUGGACAUGACUGGGUGCUGGCCAAUGGGGGUUUCCAGGGUCCCCCUACAGACCACACCACUCAGACCCCAGAGGGUUGGUUUUUGUUGAGCUCAUCAGUGCACCUAAACCACAGCAGUCGAGCACAGGUGGUGUCAGAAUGGAUCCAGCUGAAAGACACCCCCUCCUGUCUCACAUUAUGGCACUAUAUGGAUAGCAGUGACUCUGGGUCAUUGCGGGUGUACAUGCGUUCAGGGCCGUCAGAGGAAGAUCUGAUGUUCCACAGUAACAGCAGUGGAAGCAGGUGGAGCAGACUCACUCGAUCUGUAGAGAGGGUCAGGCCUUUCCAGCUGCUGAUCGAAGCAGAGGCUAACAAUAAAGGAUUUAUUGCCAUUGAUGACAUCAGUCUCACACCAGGGCUUUGUCGAGUGAAUGAAACAAGUUCAGAUUUUGUGGGUUGCUCGUUUGAAAGUGGCACGUGUGACUGGGAGGACAUCAGCGUUGGCCAGUUUCAGUGGAUGAGAGGAAGGAAUGCUACUGGGAACACAGGACCCUCUGUGGACCACACGCUGGGCACUGAACUGGGUUGGUACAUGGCAGUGGAGCCUGACCGAGGUGAUCAAAUAAGCCCUGCAGUCCUGAAGAGUCCCACUAUGAAACAGGCCAGCAGCACCUGCACCCUACACUUCUACUACAACAUGUAUGGAGAGGACACAGAAGAGCUGAGUGUGCAGAUAAAGGCGGGCUCUAGGUCCACUACGCUGUGGAGGCUGUCAGGCAGCCACAGAGACCAGUGGCAACAUGGUGAAGUAACAAUUGGUAGAAUCCCCAAGGAUUUCACCAUCCUGUUUGAGGCGUCCAGGACCUUCAACAAGCCCGGACACAUCACCAUAGAUGACAUAGACUUCACAAACUGCACCCUGCCUGAGCCCCAGCCCUCAUGUCCAGAAAGUAUGUUUACGUGCAACAACAGAGUGUGUGUUGAGCGCAACCAAGUGUGUGACUUCAGCGAUGACUGUGGAGACCGGUCUGAUGAGAACAACUGUGAGCAACAUGAUGUGGUGGAGCGCUGCAGCUUCGAACAAGGCCUGUGUUUCUGGGCAGAGAGUAAUGUGGACACACCUGGAGCUGCAUGGACACGUCGCAAAGGACUGGAGGCCUGGCCCAAACACGGGCCUCCCAGGGAUCACACCCAAAACUCUGCUGCAGGUCACUAUGUCGUACCUGGGACUUCCCUGACCGAGAAGGGCCAGGCAUCAGAGAUUCUCUCCAAAACUUUACUACCCAGCUUAAACUGUAAUGUGAGAUUCUUCUACUUCAGCCUGGAUGACACCACAGCCAGACUGACGGCCCAGUCCAGGACACUGCGGUCUGGUAACGGGGACAGAUUGUUAUGGCUCGGGGAGAACUCACAGAGCUACAGCUGGCAAAGAGCGGAGGUCACGUUCUCCUCGUCGGCCAGCAGCAGGAUUGUCUUCAGAUACGAGCACGGGGAUGGUCGCAGAGGGCUGGUUGCACUGGACGAUGUAUCUUUCUCCAAAGAGUGUAAAUUUGACCCUGACAACACUGAGCUCCCUGACACAUCGCCCACCUCUGCCCCACCAACGUCCUCUGCACCAGUCAACCCCUGUCAGAAUAAUGAGUUUUUCUGUUGGCGGUCAGCUGGAAAAGUGUGUAUUCUGGCUACCUUAUGGUGUGAUGAUCAUCCAGACUGCCCCCAGGGGGAGGACGAGGAUGGCUGUGGUCCAUGCACAUUUGAAAGCGACCAGUGCCAAUGGACAGACACCAGUGAAGGGCAGAGCAAGUGGCAGAGACAGAAAGCCAGUAACAACACUGUGCCACCCACCGAUCAUACUACAGACACAGGCUACUACAUGAGAGUGAGUUUCAGUCAGGGGUCCACACAGAGUGAGGCCCGGCUCCAGAGUCCCCCACUUCCUCCUUCAUCCCCUUACUGCCAGAUUCUGUUUCACUUCCACAUCAGUGCAGCAAGUGCUGGGUCACUCAGAGUGCUUAUGCAGCAAGCUGAAGGGAGUGAAGCAAUCCUGUGGUCACGCAGUCACAACACUGUCUCCCAUUGGACUGCAGAGUCUCUGCCUCUAGGCCUGCACCAGAAGCGUUACAAGGUUUUGUUUAGUAGCAUAAAUAACACAACUCAGGGGGCCGCAACCACUGGGGAUCGCAUUUUUGCUGUGGAUGAUAUCUCUUUUCUGAACUGCGACAAAUCCUACCAACCACCAGCUCUGUCUGCCUAUGGCUGUUCUUUCGAAGAUGGUUUGUGUGUUUGGGUGCAGGGGGCUGAAGACGAGUUGGACUGGCUCAGUGGAUCAGGACCUACUGAAACCCCCAACACUGGGCCUGCAGGAGACCACACUACUGGCAAAGGGAGAUACCUUUACAUCAAGAGCUCCCCACCAAGUGUGAAGGGAAAUAUGGCCCAGUUGAAGUCUUCAUUGCUGCCACCUGCUGGGGAAAAAGGAUACUGUUUCACAUUUUGGUACCACAUGUUUGGAGCUACUGUCGGCUCUUUGAGGAUGCUUCUACAAACAGCUGAUCCUUGGAAGAAAACACUGGUGUGGCAAAAGUCCAGAAAUCAAGGGGAUCAGUGGCUAUCGGUGCAGACCCACGUGACGUUGCAGAAGGUCCACCAAGUGAUUCUGGAGGCCACAGUGGGAGGAGAGGCAGGAGACAUAGCCAUUGAUGACAUCUCCAUUAUCAGUGGACCAUGUCCUGUCUCUGAUUUGUGUGACUUUGAGGAGGGGAGUUGUAACUGGCAGCAGCAGACUGAUGAUGACUUUGACUGGAUCAGACAAUCGGGCUCCACUCACAACGCCAAUACAGGACCAGACAGCGACCACACCACCAACACACCUGCUGGCCAUUACUACUACCUGCCCUCCUCUAGCACUGACCGCACCGGACAGACAGCUGCAAUGUCCUCACCACUCUACCCUGCAGGCAAAGGAGCUUGUGUGCAGCUUUGGUACCACAUGUAUGGCACAGGCAUGGGGACGCUGAAUGUUUACCAGAAGAGUGAAGACGGGAAGAAAGCUCUGAUUUUCUCUCAGACAGGAGACCAGGGCCGACUGUGGAGGUUUGCUCAGGCUUCGCUUCUGCCACGGGUUCAACCUUACAGAAUUGUGGUGGAAGGUGUGAAGGCACGCCCCACUCUGGAGGGAGACAUGGCUUUUGAUGAUGUCCAGCUGAUGGACGCUCAGUGUCCUCCUCAUGGAUUUUGUGACUUUGAGAGAAACAUGUGCAGCUGGAGCAACCUGGGUGUAGGAGUUGACCAAGGAGACUGGCUCCGCGGCAGAGGAGCCUCUCCAAACCCCAACACUGGACCCAGUGUUGAUCACACCACCAACUCAACACAAGGUUACUAUCUGUAUGUGGACAGCUCAGUGGGCGAGUGGGGAAGCACGUCCUUCCUGGUCAGUGAUGUGUUCCAACCGUCCACUAGAGGGCACUGUCUGACGUUCUGGUACCACAUGUAUGGCAGCAAUGUGGGGACUGUCAGAGUUUACAUAAAUGACAGAAAAAUGCACACUGGUGGCACAGAGGAAGGGAUUCUGAAGUGGAUCGAGACAGGAAACAAAGGAGACAAGUGGCAUAUGGCCAAUGUGUCUAUUAAACAUGAAGAAGCAUUCUGGUUUGUGUUUGUGUAUCAGAGGGGGGAGAAUGGAGGUGGGGAUGUUGCUCUUGAUGACAUUACCAUCUCCCAUGAGGGCUGCUAUUCAGAUCCCCCCAUCAACCCUCCUGAUGACAACAAUGAUGCGUUGUCCAUUGGCCUUGCAGUUGGUCUGACUCUGCUGGCUGGACUCAUCAUCUCCAUCUUCCUCUUUGUUCUGAACAGGAAACGUAGCACAAUGAACCAGCCGACAGUUCUGAAUAACGAACCGAUUGACCAGAACCCUGCAUUUGACCUCUUUGACUGCAAAAUAGAGGGCACACAACACGGAACUGAAUCGGACUUUUCCUUCAUCAACAAGCUGUAUCAACCAAUGCCACAUGUAACUGACACCAACAUGGUUUCAUCUGAUGCUUAGUCCAAAUGAAUAAUCACACUCAACAAUUGAACCAUAACCAAUUUGUAAAUGAUACCUCUUUAGGACUUGAAGAUAUUUUAAUUUAACUUGUAUUUAGAAGAUGGAAUGAAGAGAUUUAAUGGAGGAGUGCAUAGUGGUACAGUGGUUAGCAUGAAGUGAGGAGGUUCCCGGUUCACUCCCUGUGACCUUUACUGAUAGGUGUGAUGGAUGGAUGGAUGGAUGGAUGGAAUACUUGCAAAUACUGCCAAGCAAAGUGACUAACCCCCAGGUUAUUAGCAACUUGAAAAAGAAAACUCAUUUUUAUAAAAUGGAAUGUCUUGUGAUAACCUGCCUUAUGUUGUUCAUGUUAUUUUUUCUGUUGAGUCCGAGGAACAAGCUCUCCUGUUGGAUUAAUUUCACUGGCUGAUGAGCACUCAACAAACUCUGAGUAAAAUGCUCCGCCAAAAACUUCUUGUUCCCAGAAACUGUACAUUGUAAAGAGAUAAUUGUGUUUUUAUGUUCUGCUGAGCAUGUUGUGACAGAGCUGAAAUUGCACAUUCCUGUUUUGUACUAGCUUAUUAAGGCAUGAUGCAUAACAUUGAAAGUGAAGAGGGGAUCUCAAACGGAAGAAUGAUCACAGCAAGCAAGACCUGUUUCAGUGAUUCACUUGAAAAAUUGCGAAACUGUCCUGUGAAAGUAGUUCCAUCUCAGCCAGCUAUGGUAGUAAACCUCUGCACAUGCAUCGACGCAUCAGUAAUAGCAGUCUAUAAUAUCAUCUAUAGUAAAAUAGCAGACACAGACAUUUUUUGCAUAACAAGUAUUUUUGAUUUUAAUAAUUAUAUUUUUAUAAUAAUUAUAUUAUUAUAUUUUGUUGAUAUUUCUUAAGCACUGUAACUUUAAAAUGAUUUUAAACACAGAUUAUUAAAAGAGAUUCUCACUCAACUGUCUGUCAGCUGAUUUAUCAAACCUCUGUUUAUAAAGUAGCA